CAUGGCUAACACCAUUGGCAUUAAUAUUAUUAACACCAUUAGCAUUAUUAACACUAUUAGUAUUAUUAACACUAUUAGCAUUAUUAACACCAUUAGCAUUAUUAACUAGGGACUGUUCUCAACUUCUUUGCCUAUUAAAAGAAACUUGUCGAUUUAACAUUGUGGUAACCUCUUCAUAUGAAGAGGGUGGU